AUGACGACUCGAAAGAGUACGCGAGGCAGACCAGUACGACACGUGAGUGAGAAUCUGGGCUCACGCAACCCAUACAAUGCGACACAAAGUCAAAGUCAACUCAGCAACAUGAUUGCAAGCCAGCGCAACGUUUCCUCGCGCCGCUCUCCACAACACCCGAGAGGAGGUAGCAGCAGCAGCAGCCCACAGGUUACUGAAAAACAGAGCAACGCCUCUGUCCUGGUCACCAUGCUCGAAACGGCCAUGCAACAAUGCCAAGCACGUUCCGACUUUGUCAAUGCACACAUGUACUUCAAGACGCUCCAAAGUCUGCGAAGGCUCACCUCGCCUACCCUGGUCAAGAAUGGCUAUGCUGCACUUCUCAAUUACUUUUCUCGUGGGCCUCGCGAUCUGCUUAGCAAGGCUGCCAAUGCCAUUGAAGAGUUCGAGGCCUGGUUUGUUUGGCUGAAGCAGUCGCAGGAGCGUUCCGACGCAAUGAUUGAGGAAAUGAUGCAGACAUUCAAAAAUAUGCGCGACAAGAUGUGGUACAUUUCUGACGUGCGAGGGUCCAAGCCCUACGCAGAAGCCCGAGAUGUUGCCAUUGCGCUGAAGAUUAUGGGACAGCAGUCGAAGACGCUGGACGGCAAACCCCCCGGUCCCCGAUCACGCAACUAUUCCAAGUCGUCGGCCAACAACUUUUUGCUGAAGAAUGAAGCCCAGCUCGUUGACAUCAUGUCAGCUUCCCAAGACUUUGGGGGGCCCAACAAGCUAUCUGAUGAGCAGUCACAAAUUACGCUCAAGUGGCUCACAGACUAUGGCGUCGAAAAUUUUUGCAAAGGAGAAGAACGUAUUCAUCGCUUCUGCCUCGAAGUCGACAAGUGUGUCAACACAAUCAUUGGCGAGGGUCUGCUGGAUGGUCCCGUACUCUGGGCUAGUGACUUGUACAAGCGAGACCAGCAGGUCCUGGAAAGUGGACGGCAAAAGGGUGACCUCUUCCUCACUGGUGUCGGCACACUGUCGAUUGCAGGCGAUGAAGAGUACGAAACUCACGGACAAUCGGGCCCGCGCAACCUCGACUUUGCCAAUCGCCCAAGCCAUGGCAGCCUACGAUCGGUUGCCAAUCGCAAUGAUAAUCAACAUGGCUUUGACCAGAGCCCCUGGGGCGGCCGAAGUCCUGUUGAAUCCUCUCAUGACUACUUUAGCGGAUCAUCAUCUCUUCCUUCGAUGGACUCUGUAGCCACCUUCUGGUCUCCCUUUCAGACACAGGCCCAAUCUCCCACCAACACUACCAGUAUUCGCCCGCGGACUGCAUCCUCGUCCAAAGGCACAGUUAUGCUGAAGCAAUCCGCCAGUGUCAACGAAGACAAGCGCCGCUUCAUGCUCGACUUGAAGCAGACGCUCACAGGCUUGUUGCUGAGCGACUUAGGGACCAUGGUGUUUGCGUCUGGAAGUGAGACGGACUCUUGGUUCGGCGGCGACUUGCUGGAGGAUUGCAUACAACGCAGAGAGGAGGAGGAGCGCCAGCGCAAGAAGCAACUGGCCAAGAAGAAGAGCACGAAGAAUAUGCGCAAGCAAAAUCUUCCCGAUCAUAGGAAUGCUGCCCCCCUGGAGGCGCUUGGUCGACCUGAGCGGGGUCUAGCUGCGCCACCUGUUGCGACGUACCAGAAUGCUGCCGCCUCGGACGUGCACCACUCGGCUGGUGAACACUCUUCCACUUCAAGCGAUGCCACGUCGCGCUCGUCUGGCCAUUCGGCGGCCAAGAAGGCAGGCUUGCUAGAGUUUCCCUACAACGUCGCCUUCCGACGAUUGCUCAACAGGUUCGAGACGCACCCCAAUCCCUUCGCGAAGCUGCAUGCUCUGUAUGAGCUAGAGCAGCUCAUCAUCGCCUCGCUUUCCUCCCGUUCAGGUCGUUCGUACAACAGCCGCCGUGAGACGCUACCGCCUGUCCCUCAAUCACCAACACUCGGUGCCAUGCCCGAGCUUAGCUCCCGUGAGCCGGCCACGCACACCUCUCGCGCACAAAAUCUAGAGCAGGCUAUUGCCAACUGUGAGGAGCGUCGAUCACACAGCAUGACGGUGGAAAGGGCAAGCAAUGCCUCACCCUUGCCCAGUCGCAGCGGAGCCCGCUCUCCUGUUGGAAUGCCGAGCACUGACAUGAUCGUUGACGUAAUUCAAGGUCUGUUCCGGGACGCCAACAUUCGUCCAAAGACGCUCUUUAGAGAUCUUCAGUACAUUGCUUCCUUCGUUCCAGCUCAGAUGCUGGACAAGACCGCAAGAGGGAAAGCUUUUUGGGACGUUGGUCUCGCUGCUCUGGGCCUCAAGCAGGAUGUCUGUCGCAUAAUGGUUGAGCUCGUCGACGAGGUCAUAACGCAGAAUUCCAAGCGUGACGCCGAAGUCAAGCAAAGCAAUGGCGGCGCAGCCGAAAAGGCGGGGGGCAUCACAGCUUCCUUGCCUCCGUCGAUCGACGAGCCAAUGUCGAGGUACACCAUGGAAGAUGCUGCACGAAUGCUCCUCAUCACGGCCAAGGAAGGAGAUGCUGUGGCUGAGCGAGAACUCGCCAUUUUCUAUCUCACCUCCCCCGAGCUUGUACACAGGACCGUGCUGCCCCUGACCAAGCCAAGUGAUGUCUUCAAGACAGAGUUGCUCAAUCGUGAGAGGAAAGCGUCGCAGGACCCAACUCGAAGCGAUCCAAUGACCAUGUGUGUUGCCCAACACUGGAUGGAGCAGUCUAUGCGCGGCGGCGACCACCUCGCUGCAAAAUACUUGCGCCAGCGCAGCGAGCUCGAGAACAUAAAUCCUCCAAGAGCACAGUGA